AUGAGGAGUCCCAAUGAGCACACCUUAUAUGUGAGAGAGUUGGAAGGGGAAUUGGUCAUUGUCUCAUUGUAUGUAGAUGACCUACUCAUCACUGGAAGCAUCUCAAGUCAAUUGGAUGAGUUUAAAAAGGUCAUGCAUAGUGAAUUCAAAAUGAGUGACUUGGGGGAAAUGCCCUACUUUCUGGGUAUGGAAAUCAAUCAAGCUUCAUGUAGGAUAUUUGUCAAUCAAAGGAAAUAUGCUAAUGAAGUUUUGAAAAAGUUUGGCAUGGACAAGUGCAAACCAGUGGAUACUCCAUUGGUUGCAAAUCAAAAGCUGAGUAAAGAAGAUGGGGUUGUGAGGAUAGAUGAAGGAUUGUACCGAAGCUUGAUUGGUUGUUUGCUAUACUUAACAGCAACCAAGCUUGAUUUAAUGUAUGCAACCAGUCUUCUCUCCAGGUUUAUGAGCAAUCCAAGUGAAAUUCACCUUAGGGUAGCCAAAAGAGUGGUGAGAUACAUUAAAGGCAUCCCUGAAUUUGGUGUGUGGUUCAAAAGGUUUGAAGAUUUUCAGCUUGUUAGAUACUCCGACAGUGAUUGGGCUGGAUCAAUUGAUGAUAUAAGAAGCACAUCCGACUAUAUGUUCUUCUUAGAUUCAGGAGCUGCUUGUUGGUUAUCCAAAAAAAAAAGAUAUAAUAGAUCAGUCCAUAGCAAAAGCAGAAUACAUCUCUACUGCUGCUGCCAUGAACCAGGUCAUUUGGCUAAGAAAAUUUUUAGAAGAUUUGAAGCAAAAACAGAGGAAUCCUACUGUGAUUCUAUGUGA